AUGCUUCACUCUCCACUGAAAACCGCUCUGGCAUAUGAGUGCUUCCAAGAUCAGGCCAAUUCAACUUUAGCUUUGCCUUCAGAUCACAAGUUAAAAACAAGAGGGACAGGAAAACAAAGGGUCCAGGAACAGGUGUUGAUGACCGUCAAGCGGCAGAAGCAAAAGUCCUCCCUUUCAUCAGCAUCAAAUGCGGCAGGUCACUCCAACCGAGGUUCGAUGUAUGAUGGUUUGUCUGAUGGCUAUAACUAUGGAACAGCUCGUGGUACCUACUAUGCCAAAGCCCACACAGGAACAAAUAACUGGGGCAAUACGAUGUACAAUGGAACACUCAAAAGAAAUGCAGCUGAGAACAAACGCUACAGUUCCUACAGCCAAAUGGACGGUUGGGGUAGCAAGCAUUAUAACAAGAUCUGUAGUCCUACACAUGCUGGCAGCGACUACUGCUUUGUGCAGAACAUGAAGAGUAGUCGGAGUGAGCCAGACCUCUACAAUGACCCUCAACGAAGCACACUAAGGAGAAAUCAGAGUGGAAGCCGGAUGAAUCACAAGGCCAGUCUACAUCGUAACAGCCUCUACAGCAAUACAUGCAACACCCAGGAAGGAAUUACAACCCUAACAAGGUCAAAUAAGAGAAUUCCAAUCCGCACCCCCUCUUGCACAUCUAACAAGCAAGAUGCAGUCUAUGCCCAGCCUGUAGCCAGCAAGCCUGAUGCAAUCUACGGACCAGGUCGCUCCAAAAUAUGUAAUGAUGAAGUGGAUUAUGGAGCAAUGACCAUCCAGAAAGCCAUUCAAUUCCUGUGUUCCUCAGAUGAGAAAAAUCAGGCCAUGGGUGCCUACUUCCUCCAGCAUACCUGUUUUCAAGAUGAAUCUGCCAAGCAAGAGGUUUACCGACUUGGAGGCAUUGCCAAGCUGAUUGAACUUCUGCGCAGUUCAGAUGAGAACGUGCAGCAGGCUUCAGCUGGGGCCCUUCGAAACUUAGUCUUCAGAAAUCCAACUAACAAAUUAGAAACCCGCAGGCAGAAUGGAAUUCGAGAGUGUGUGAAUCUCCUGAGGAGGACUGGGAACACCGAAAUACAGAAGCAGUUGACAGGAUUGCUCUGGAACCUUUCCUCCACUGAUGAACUGAAAGAAGAUCUGAUACACGAUGCUCUUCCAGUACUCACCGAUCGUGUUAUUGUACCUUUUUCUGGAUGGUGUGAUGGUAUUGGCAAUAGAACAAGAGAAAUUAUUGACCCAGAAGUUUUCUUCAAUGCCACUGGCUGUUUAAGGAACUUGAGUUCUGCAGAUGCUGGACGUCAAACCAUGAGAAACUACCCAGGAUUGAUUGACUCUGUGAUGACAUAUACCCAGAAUUGUGUGGCAGCUAACCAGCCAGAUGAUAAGUCUGUGGAGAACUGUAUCUGUAUUCUUCAUAAUUUGUCCUACCGCCUGGAUGCUGAAGUGCCGAAUAAAUACACUCAUCUUAACCACUUGGCCAGGAACACUCACACGGACAAAAGUUUGACAGGCUGCUUCAACAACAGAGGAAAGCUAGAGUAUGAUGAAUAUAAUCUACCACUUCCUGAAGAGGACUAUAAACCUAAAGGUUCCAGCUGGCUGUACCAUUCUGAUGCCAUCCGUACCUACCUGUCUUUAAUGGAAAAGAGCAAAAAGGAUGCCACCCUGGAAGCAUGCGCUGGAGCUCUGCAAAAUCUGACUGCAAGCAGAGGAAUGAUGUCGAAUGCAAUGAGCCAAAUAAUUGCCUUAAAGGAGAAAGGGCUGCCCCGCAUAGCACGGCUCCUGCAAUCCAACAAUGCAGAAGUUGUCCGAUCUGGAACAUCUUUACUGAGCAACAUGUCUCGACAUUCUAUUCUCCACAAAACCAUGGCUCACCAGGUGCUUCCAGAUGUGACUCGCCUUCUAGCCCUCCAGGCUCCAGGUUCUAGCAACUAUGGAGACAUAAUGACAUCAGCUUGCUAUGCCCUGAGGAACUUAAUCAUGUACAACCCACAGAUGGCCAAACCUUACUUGACUGGCAGUUUGAUAAAUAAUGUAGUAGGCCUGUGCCGAAAUGGAUCUUACCCCAAAGCAGCUGAAGCAGCUCGAAUGCUGCUAUCUGAUAUUUGGUCAAACAGGGAACUCCAAUCUGUACUAAAACAGCAAGGAUAUGAUAAGAACAUGAUGGGAUCUUUAACAGGAAGCACUCUCAGGACUUUGUCUUCCAGAUUCUAA